AUGGAGCCGCAGGGUUGGACGGACGGCGGUGCGACUUCUGCCCCCAAUCUUAUGGUGCCCAGAGAACUAACAACACCAGACUGGAUCGGAGCAGGCUAUGGCGACAAAGUGGAUACCUUUGACCGUGACAGCCGCAGAGGUGACACCUUUGCCGAGACCAACUGGUCGGACCCACAAAAUCAGCAAACGCACCGACAACCGGACAAGCACCCGUGCCGCUUCUGUCCUCACUCAUGCCCUUCCGCAACGGCUGUCGCCAUCCACGAGAGGACUCACACUGGCGAAAGGCCCUUCAGUUGCGAUGCCUGCGAGAAAACGUUCACGCAUAAGACUAACUGGAAGGCUCACGUUAGAACUCACACCGGAGAGAAGCCGUUCAAGUGCAACACGUGCAGCAGGGCCUUUACUCUGAAAUGCAACUUGGCGGAUCACGAAAGAAUUCAUACAGGAGAGAAGCCGUUCAAGUGCAACACGUGCAGCAGGGCCUUUACUCAGAAAGGCACCUUGGCGGAUCAUGAGAGGACUCACACCGGAGAGAAGCCGUUCAAGUGCAACACGUGCAGCAAGGCGUUUACUCGGAAACGCAUCUUGGCGGAUCACGAAAGAAUUCACACCGGAGAGAAGCCGUUCAAGUGCAACACGUGCAGCAGGGCGUUUGCGGCUUAUAGCAAUUUGCACACUCAUCGGAAGCUACAUCGCAAGUGAUCGAAACAGCAACAUGCAUCAUCGUUGUGGAGGGGAUUUAAACGAAAUACUCGAGCACCGACGUGUGUUCAUUUGGCUUGGCGAUAGACCUGCAGCGGUUCUAGUUGCGAGCAGUGUGUGUUUCGCGUGGUUCAAAAUGUUUCAGCCUGUUAUUUAUCGCGCAAACGCAGAUAAAAAAAAUUGUGAAUUUACCUUAG